GGUGCAUGGACUUUCCCGGGAUGGAUAUAUUAAGGACUAUUGCUCACCAGCCAACGAAUAAUAACAGUAAGAUGUCUGAACAGACGCUCAAUAAAUCCUGUGAGUUUCAAAAGAAGAAGGCAGAGGAGCACACACAGGUAUCUACUGAGACCUGUCGGAUCAUCACGGACUCCACCACUGGGAAAUGUUACAGUCGUGGGAAAGUUCUAGGCAAGGGAGGUUUUGCCAAGUGCUACGAGUUAACAGACUUGGCUACGGGCAAGGUGUACGCUGCGAAAAUCAUUCCACACUCGCGCGUGUCCAAGCCGCACCAAAGGGAGAAGAUUGACAGGGAGAUUGAGCUCCACAAAGCACUCCACCACAAACACAUCGUUCACUUCUACCAGCACUUUGAGGACAAAGACAACAUUUACAUUCUCUUGGAGUACUGCAGUCGAAGGUCCUUGGCGCACAUACUGAAGGCGCGCAAAGUGCUCACGGAGCCCGAAGUGCGAUACUACCUCCGACAGAUCGUGUCUGGAAUGCGGUACCUUCACGAGCACGAGAUCCUGCACAGAGACCUGAAGCUAGGGAACUUUUUUGUCAGUGAAUCCAUGGAGUUGAAGGUGGGAGAUUUUGGACUGGCAGCCAGACUUGAGCCACUGAGUAACCGACGCAAGACCAUCUGUGGGACACCCAACUACCUGUCCCCUGAGGUUCUGAACAAGCAGGGCCAUGGCUGCGAAUCAGACGUCUGGGCGCUGGGCUGUGUCAUGUACACCAUGCUCCUGGGCAGACCCCCCUUUGAGACCACAAACCUGAAGGAGACGUACAGGUGUAUCAAAGAAGCCAGGUACAGCUUGCCCUCCACUCUCUCCCUACCUGCCCGGCAGCUGAUCGCCAGCAUGUUAUCCAGGAAUCCGCAGGACCGGCCCAGUCUGGACGAAAUUCUGCGACACGAGUUCUUCUCUCAGGGCUUCACGCCUGAUCGGCUGUCGGCGAGCUGCUGUCAUUCUGCCCCAGAUUUCCACAUCUCCAGCCCAGCCAAAAGCUUCUUUAAGAAAGCGGCAGCCGCUCUGUUCGGGGGGAAGAAGGAGAAGGCCAAGUACUAUGAGACUUUGAGUAAGCUGACAAGAGAGGAGGAUGAAAUCUAUAAGCUUUGUCAGGACCUGAGCAAAGCUGUGAUCAGCCAGCAGUCCUGCAAGCAGGAGGACAAGAUGAGCACAACAGCCCUGGCCGUUAAGCCCGUUGGCCUGGCAAAUGAAAACAGGCCGCAGGACCAAGACACUGUCCAUAUGAUCGUGAGAGGAAGCCUUGGCAGCUACAGCACUGAGUGUCUUGAGGACAGUACCACAAGCAAUGUUGCAGAGUCUGUGGUCAGCGUUCUGAGGGGCUGUCUUGAGAACAUGCCAGAAGUGGAUGACAUUCCAAAAGUGGACCAGGAGAGCAGCUUUCUCUGGGUGACUAAGUGGGUGGAUUAUUCCAACAAGUAUGGCUUUGGGUACCAGCUGUCUGACCACAUCGUUGGAGUGCUCUUCAACAACGGAACUCACAUGAGCUUGCUCGCCGAUGGAAAGACAGUGCAUUACUACCCAGAGUUGGGCCAGUGCUCCGUCUUCUCCACCACUGACGUUCCGGACCGUUUCAUCGCCCAGGUCACCAUCCUCAAAUACUUCGCCCACUACAUGGAGGAGAACCUCAUGGAUGGCGGUGAUCUGGUGAGUGUGACGGAUGCCAGCUCACCCAGGUUGUAUCUGCUGCAGUGGCUCAAGUCGGACCGUGCCCUGAUGAUGCUCUUCAACGAUGGCACAUUCCAGGUGAACUUCUAUCAGGAUCACACCAAGAUCAUCCUGUGCAGCCAGAAGCAGGAAUACCUGCUAACCUACAUCAAUGAGGAGCGCGUCUCCACCACCUGCAACCUGCGCACACUUCUGACCUCUGGCUGCACUGCUGAGCUCCGCAGAAGGAUGGAGUACGCCCUCAACAUGCUCCUGCAGCAGUCCAAAUGAGCUGAACCGGGGACACUGCAUACAGACACCCCACUUCCAUAGGAUGCUGUGCAUGUGGGGACAGGCAGUUUAUACAGAGGGACACGGUGGUUUACACUGCCAAGAGUGCUUGUGGGAGAAGUGGCUAUAUGCUGAGAAAGAAUGUGGUGGACAGGAAGUGAUGUAAGGCAUGUGAGGAGGUACGAAAGGUUUAGCCAGUCCUUACUGGAGGAGGAAGAUGAAGAUAAAGAAGAUGACCACUGGGCUGGAACCAGAUAGAUUUUAAAUUUUGUGGAAGAAAAGAAAUGUAGAUAUUUCAUUAUUGAAAGCAGAGCUGGACCUGUGGACGUUCUGAAACAUGCGUCUCUAUGGAGCAAAAACACGACUUUCUGUGAAAACAUUCCACAAACACGAGGGAAGAGGCCCUCACCUGGGAAACGGGCUCGGGCCUGAGCUGCAGAUGCCUGUGGAGAAGGCAGACAGAACCCAUGCCGUCUCACUGUGGUGGAGGGAGGGGUGCGUUCCUGGUGUA